AUGCGAUGCGAUGCGAUGCGAUGCGAUGCGAUGCGAUUCGCUGCUGCGACUCGCGGUCGGGUGACUGGCCUUCGCGUGUUUCCUCUAGGCACGUUCGCACAGGAAGGCGUCCCAAGGGUGAUCCUACUCCUGCGUACUCUGUUCAAACUAGCCGUGCCGCGGGACUUUGACCCAGUGGAAGCAGACGAUGCGGGUGAUGUGGACCGAUCGGUGCGAGCAGAUCGUCGCGAUUUCGACCGCGGGCGGGUUGGCGCUGGGCGCGAGCGUGUUACGAACGGGUCGGUCGCACGGGGCGCGUUCGAGCUCGCUUCUUCUUCUCGCGAAGCUCACGCAACAGCCUCGAAAGUCGUCCUGAAAUCGCAGAGAGAUGGUAUUGCCACUGCAGUCGACUAA